GACGGCUGGUCCCCUCUCAGAUCCUCGCCGACCCACUGAGAUCCUCUCUCUCUCUCUCUCGCUCUCUCUCACACACAUUUGUCACCCGCGGCUCCACAUGAACACCAGGACUAGAACCAGGACCAGGACCAGGACCAGGACCUUCUCGACCGUCGAGUUCGUCGUGUUUGGAUGAGGACAAAGUGACCGUCUGAAGGAAUUAUUUUCUCCUGCUUUUUCUGGAAAAGUUUCCAGCGGGAGCGAGCAGCGGGAGCGAGCCGAUGGGAAGAACUUUGUUCCGGGUAUCUUUCCACAUGGCUCCAACGUCACCCAGGAGGUGAAGUCGCCACACUUCCUUCCCAGAAUUUUGCUUUGACUGCUCGCCAACCCGCAUUCCUUCUCGCCAGCCGGAACCCCCGCGCUCGUGUCCAACAUGGGGUCCAGUCUGACGUGCGCCGGCGCGCUGUGGGCGCUGUUGUCGCUGCUGUGCGCCGCCGCCUCCUGCGUGGGCUUCUUCAUGCCCUAUUGGCUGCUGGGCGCGCAGAUGGACAAGCCGGUGUCCUUCGGCACCUUCCGCCGGUGCUCCUACCCGGUGCGGGACGAGGAGCGGCAGACCACGGUGAUGCUGGAGCAGUGCGGCCGCUACGCCUCUUUCGGCGCCAUCCCCAGCGUGGAGUGGCGGAUCUGCACGGUGGUGACGGGCGCCGGCUGCGGCCUCCUCCUGCUGGUGGCGCUCACCGCUCUCAUGGGGUGCUGCAUCUCUGACCUCAUCUCGCGCACCAUCGGCCGCGUGGCGGGAGCCAUCCAGUUUAUCGGAGGCCUCCUCAUCGGCUCCGGCUGUGCGCUGUACCCGCUGGGCUGGGACAGCGAGGAAGUGCAGCAGACGUGCAGCAACGACUCCGACCAGUUUCAGCUCGGUUCCUGCCAGAUCGGCUGGGCCUACUACUGCACGGGGGCGGGGGCGGCGGGCGCCAUGCUGCUGUGCACCUGGAUGUCGUGCUUCGCCGGCAAGAAGCAGAAGCACUACCCGUACUGAGGGGUGGAGCCUACGCACCACCACAUGAUGGCGCCACCGUGCACCACGAGGGACACGACUCGUCUGGCAAACUGCAGGGACUCUUUCAUAACACACACACACACACACACACACAUUUACACUUACA